CGCCAAUCCUCCACACAAGCGACACAAGCUCAGUGGUUGGUGGGGCUUUGGCUGGCGGUACGUACCCCCCCAAAAAAUUCGGCCGCGACCAGAAAGGUUACGCACCGAAGGCGGCAGUUAGCUUCAGCAAAAGCGAAAGGAGCUCCGGCCGAGCCAUAACAGCCAUUGAGAUUUCCCGGAGCGGUUGACUGACCUAGAACUAGGUGGUCACCAAGAGUUCUCGGCCUGCUCCCGUCCGACGCCAUGUCGGCGUCAAGUAGAGGCUGGCAAGCCCUCGGGGCGCUAUCAAGACGAUCACCUCGGGUAUGCGCCCAAUGCGCUAGGACAAGGCCGCUGUGGUCGACACACAGGACACUCGCGACAGCCGCCACCACCAUCACCGGCCCCGUCGUCGAGCCACAGCCGGCACCGACCGCGGCAGGCGCCGUGCAGCCCCCUCCCGCGACCGCCGCCGCCGCCGUUCCCGAGCUGCCCCAGCACGCCAAAGCGCAAUACAGGAUCCGGUCCGGCCUCAUCCUGACGCGGGCACCGAUCCUGACGCGGGAGCCAACCCCGUUCGAGUCGGCCUUCUUCCUGUACCAGAAGCGGCUCAACGAGCGGCUCGUGUCGCCCUUCUUCAAGGGCUUCUUCUUCAAGCCCGACACGCCACCCAUGCUGGACUGGGACCUCAAGCUCAAGGAGCGCAAGGGCAUCGUGUCCAAGGAGGUGGGGCUGUACCGCGCCCGCGGCGUCUCGGCCUGGGCCGACGAGGCGCCCCUGGGCAGCUCCCUGGCCGACCAGGCCGCGCUGCGGGAACGCCUGGCCGCCGACGCCGAGGUGCGCUUCAGCGACGACGGCGAGCUCAUCGCGCCGCAGGACCGUGUCCCAGCCGAGAUGCCGCUGCCGCGCACGACGCAGGCCGACGAGACCAAGGACGUCCGCCGCCUCGACCGCGCCCUCGACAGGACCCUAUACCUCGUCGUCAAGGGCAGGGAUGGGUCCUGGCAGUUUCCGAGCGAUAGGAUGUCGACCGAGGAGAACCUGCACGAGACCGCCGCCCGUGUGCUCCAGCAGGCCGCCGGCGUCAACAUGAACACGUGGAUCGUCGGCCGCGUGCCCAUCGCGCACCACGUCGUCGAGCCCGUCCUCGACAAGGACUCCAAGGCGGUCAAGGUCAAGGGCUCCAAGACCUUCUUCCUCAAGGGCAGGAUCAUGGCGGGGCAGGCCGACAUCGCGGACAACAAGCUCGGCGUCUCCGACUUCAAGUGGCUGACGCAGGAGGAGCUCAAGGAGCAACUCCCCCCUCCAUACUACCGCAGCAUCAGGAACAUGCUGGCCCUGCGCUGAAGAGGAGCAGCGCCUCCCGGCCCGGCUCGAGAAGCCCGGAAAAUGGGACAGUCUGGAAAUGACAUCAAAUGACCCUGUACAUCAUUCUCUCUCUCUCUAGCCAUGUUUUCACAGCAGUGCAUUGUGGCGUGUAACAUAAAACUCUGCCGGUCGCAUGCAUGUCAUGAUAUGCCUUCGUAACUCAAGGUGCGCGUG